CCAGUGCGGGCCCCAGGCUGCCAGCGCCGUCGCUGCAGCCGCCGCAGGAGGCGUCCGCGACAGGAUGAAGCUCAUUAUCCUCGACCACUAUUUUCAGGCCAGCGAGUGGGCGGCCAAAUACAUCAGGAACCGCAUCAUCCAGUUUAACCCAGGGCCAGACAAAUACUUCACCCUGGGGCUCCCUACGGGGAGCACCCCACUUGGCUGCUAUAAGAAGCUGAUUGAGUACUAUAAGAAUGGAGACCUGUCCUUUAAAUAUGUGAAGACCUUCAACAUGGAUGAGUAUGUGGGCCUUCCUCGAGACCACCCAGAGAGUUACCAUUCCUUUAUGUGGAACAACUUCUUCAAGCACAUUGACAUCCACCCAGAUAACACCCACAUUCUGAAUGGGAAUGCAGCUGACCUGCAAGCUGAGUGUGAUGCCUUCGAAAAGAAGAUCAAGGCUGCAGGCGGGAUUGAGCUAUUUGUUGGAGGGAUUGGCCCCGAUGGACACAUUGCCUUCAAUGAGCCAGGCUCCAGUCUGGUGUCCAGGACCCGUGUGAAGACAUUGGCCAUGGACACCAUCCUGGCCAAUGCUAGGUUCUUUGAUGGAGAUCUCACCAAGGUGCCCACCAUGGCCCUGACGGUGGGUGUUGGCACUGUCAUGGAUGCUAGAGAGGUGAUGAUCCUCAUCACAGGUGCUCACAAGGCAUUUGCUCUGUACAAGGCCAUUGAGGAGGGAGUGAACCACAUGUGGACUGUGUCUGCCUUCCAGCAGCAUCCCCGCACAGUGUUUGUAUGUGACGAGGAUGCCACCUUGGAGCUGAAAGUGAAGACCGUCAAGUACUUCAAAGGUUUAAUGCUUGUUCAUAACAAGUUGGUGGACCCUUUGUACAGCAUCAAAGAGAAAGAAAUUGAGAAAAGCCAGUCUUCUAAGAAACCAUACAGUGAUUAGCUGUGCUGGGACCGAGUAUUAAGUACCUCAUAGGGACAGCGGGCCUUUCUGGAAAUUGUCUUCAGGAGAACAGAAUUGUAUUUUGUGAAUCCAGUAUGUGGUUACUCCAGAUAAACGGGUGAAUUUGAUUGUUCUGGGCUGUGAGGCUAGCAGCCUAAUGAUGGAGUUUAGGUAUAAGAAUGACUUGUAUGUAACUUAAUCGGAAAAGAAUCUCUGAAAAAUGUACUCCAUCAUUUUGACACCUACCACAUCCAGAUUAGGGACUUUUAACUUUUUGUUGUGUCUUGGCCAUUGUCACAUGGACAACACACUCCUGUCGGGAAUUUCUGUCUUUACAUGCACUGAUUCUCAUGUGGGAGGGAAUUAAGGGCCUGUGCAUAUCAGACACAACCUCUUUGGAGAGUCUUGAGAGUCCCUCUUGAGCAGGUCUGCCCCUUAUUUGAGAUUACAGAAUAAGAAAGUCUCUCAAUAUCUAAAAUAAAGACAAGGAAGCAGUCGCUCUGCUCAUAACAGGUGCCAUGGGAAGAAAACUCUCCCUUACUUCCUUUCCCCAUUGUUUUCCUGCUCUCACAGUGGCCUUCUAAUGAACUGGGAGGUCUCCUAGGUGGAGGAUCUGCGUGGAUGGGCCUAAAAAGGUGGCUUUUGCUGAUAAACCCAGAGCCUCAAGCGGCCCAGCCACCUCAUACUUCUCUCCCCCAGGGAUCCUCCAGCACCCACAGGAGGAAGGCGGAAACCCUUUUCCCACCAGAACCCCGUGUUUUGUCAAAGGUGUCACUAUGGCUCCUCUCUUGC